UGACCGUUGUUUCCCAAGGUUGAAGCAACAUGCGACGCGAGGUCGAUACUUGUAGUAGAUCAUCGUGGCAUGUGUGGGGUUGCUGAUCGCCGCCAACUCAAAUUAGUUCGGCCGAGUGCUAAGCAUCGCUGUCGCUUCAGCGCUCAUCUUUGUCAUGGCAGGCUUCUCGAGGAAGCGAAUGAUGGCGGCGCAAGCAUGAUAAGUAGCGACUCCACGCCCUGUCGGCCUUGUACACGAUCAAUUCACAACACACAAGCACAGUCCCAAACACAAUCACGACAUCAGAAUGCGUCUUCUUCCUACCUUCAGCGCUCUGCUGCUUUCCGUCUCGGCUGUCAUGUCAGCUACCGUCGACGAUGUCUACAACGAUGUCACAACUCUCGACCAAGAUGUCCAAGACUUGACAACGAUGGUCCGCGCCUAUCAGGGCGGCCUUCUCGCCCAAGGACCGCUCCUCAUUCAAUUGACGAAAGUUCACAUUGCCACACGCAAGGGUGGCUACGACGCAUCCAAUCUCCCAACCACCCCACUCUCGGAGAGUGAUGCCCUCCGACUCAUCGAGCAUGUCAACACGACUCUUGCAGUCGACAACCCGAUCGCUGUCAACGUCCUCAAGUCGAAGAAGCCGUUGUUUGACGCCAGCGGUACCGACCCAUUCAUCAAGGCAGGACUCCAAAUCUUGCUCGACGACCAUCUGUACUUUAGCAACGAGGUACUGGAAAGAGCUCCUCAAGAUCUCAUCGCAGAGGCAAACCAGGUCGUGGAUGUCAUCAGCAAUGCGCUGCAAGGCGGAAUCGCAGCUUUCUCUUAGAUAGUAAUCUAGAAUGUAACCCUGCGCAUGACUGACAAGCGCUUGACUCGUUCUGUUUUCCUCAUCUUCCCAUGUGACGACAUGCUCUUGCUUGUUCUCGAAGAUCUGAUGAGCACGCGCUUCAGCCUGUAAGCGUAUGCGCUGGAGUCGUCUAAGAGGUCCCGUGCGGACUCGAGACACUCGUUCUUCGUCGCAUCGAUGGUGCACUCUUCAGCGAGGGCGCGCCUGAGUACCGGGGUGGAGAGGUGCAACAGUAGCUUGCGUCGAUUGGGAUUGAUGGUGUGGGAUCAUUGCAACGGAAGGAGUGCGAUGUGGGUAGGACGUGUCGGCUUAGGUGACUGUCGGAGAAACGACGAAGAUUGCUGUUGGCGCGAUGCGGCUGCUGCUUCGGAAGGGAGUGAUUUUCUGUCAGCGACUGGAAGAAGGAGCAGCUGCAAGCAUGAUGAGAUGGCCAGAUAG